GGCGGGGCGGGGCGGGGGGGGCCGGUCGGUACCUGCGCGGCCGCGGCCUCACCUGGAGCCGCGCGGAGCAGCGGGCGGGGGCGCGGCGCUCGGUAGCGGCGGGGCCAUGCGGGGGUCGCGCUCCGGGCUCUGCCCGCUCCUCCUGCUCCUGCUCCUCCCGCCUGCCGCCGCCCCGGCCCGGCCGUGCGCUCCCCCGGGGCCAGCAGGCGAUGGCACGGUGCAGUACGAGGACGAGGAGCCCCACAUGGGAGCGGUGGCACCGAGGCCCCCAGGGUGGCUGCCUGUGACUCCCCAGGAUGCCACCAUCCUGCCAGGCCCUGUGCGGAGCCGGCGCUCCCUGCAGGAGGUCCCCGAUGUCCCCAGGGCUCUGAGGAGGCGGAAGAGGGACUGGGUGAUCCCUCCCAUCAAGGUCCCUGAAAAUGAGAGGGGUCCCUUCCCCAAAAAGCUGGUUCAGAUCAAAUCCAACCGGGACCGGGAGGCGAAGAUCUUCUACAGCAUCACGGGGCAGGGGGCGGACACCCCCCCCGAGGGCAUCUUCACCAUCGAGAAGGAGACGGGCUGGAUGAAGGUGACGCAGCCGCUGGACCGGGAGCACAUGGACAAGUACCACCUCUUCUCCCACGCCGUGUCCGAGAACGGCAAGCCCGUGGAGGAGCCGAUGGAGAUCAUAGUGACGGUGACGGACCAGAACGACAACAAGCCCCAAUUCACGCAGGAGGUGUUCAGGGGCUCCGUGCCCGAGGGUGCUUUGCCAGGCACCUCGGUGAUGCAGGUGAACGCCACGGAUGCAGAUGAUGCGGUGGAAACCUACAACGGUGUCCUUGCCUACUCCAUCCUCAGCCAGGAGCCGCGGGAGCCCCAUCCCCACAUGUUCACCGUCAACAGGGCCACCGGCACCCUCAGCGUCAUUGCCAGCGGCCUCGACCGUGAGCGUGUGCGGGAGUACACGCUGACCGUGCAGGCAGCCGACCUGGAUGGCGAGGGGCUGACCACCACAGCGCUGGCCGUGAUUGAGAUCACGGAUGUGAACGACAACGCCCCCGAGUUUGACCCCAAAACGUACGAGGCGGCCGUGCCGGAGAACGAGGCCGGGCUGGAGGUGACCCGGCUGCACACCACGGACCUGGACGAGCCCCAGACGCCGGCGUGGCGCGCCGUCUACUCCAUCGUGCGCGGCAACGAGGGCGGCGCCUUCACCAUCACCACCGACCCUGCCAGCAACGAGGGCGUCCUGCGGACAGCCAAGGUGCGUGUCCCGUGCCCGUCCCCGCGGUGUGGCCACCCGCCCUGCGUGGUGCUGCCCGUCCCAUCCUGUGCCCUCCUGCAGGCUCUGGACUACGAGGCCAAGCGGCAGUUUGUGCUCCACGUGGCCGUGGCGAACGAGGCGCCCUUCGCCGUCAAGCUGCCCACGGCCACGGCCACGGUGACGGUCAGCGUGGAGGAUGUGAACGAGGCACCCGUCUUUGACCCCCCGGUGCGGCUCGCCCAGGUGGCGGAGGACGCGUCGCUGGGGCAGCUCCUCGCCUCCUACACGGCCCAGGACCCCGACAGAGCCCAGCGGCAGCGCAUCAAGUACGUGGUGGGCAGCGACCCAGCGGGCUGGCUGGACGUGCACCCGGAGAAUGGGCUCAUCACGGCGCGGGACCACCUGGACCGCGAGUCGCCCUUCGCCAAGAACAGCACCUACGUGGCCGUGCUGCUGGCCGUGGACGACGGUUCUCCACCCGCCACGGGCACUGGCACCCUGCUCCUCACCCUGCUGGACGUGAACGACCACGGCCCUGAGCCUGAGCCCCGCAACAUCGUUGUCUGCAACCGCAGCCCCGUGCCCCAGGUCCUCACCGUCAUCGACAGGGACCUGCCCCCCAACACGGGUCCCUUCCGUGCCGAGCUGAGCCACGGCUCGGGGGACAGCUGGGCGGUGGAGGUCGGGGACACCGGUGACACGGUCACCUUGCGGCUGACGGAGCCGCUGGAGCAGGAGGAGUACAGCGUCUACCUGCGGCUCUUCGACCGCCAGGGCAAGGACCAGGUCACCGUCAUCAAGGCACAAGUGUGUGACUGCCAGGGCCGGGUGGAGAGCUGCGCCUACGAGCCGCAGGUGGCCACCGGCGUGCCCAUCAUCCUCGCCGUCCUGGGCGCCCUCCUGGCUUUUCUGAUCAUCCUCCUGCUGCUGCUGCUCUUUGUGAGGAGGAGGAAGGUGGUGAAGGAGCCGCUGCUGCUGCCGGAGGACGACACGCGGGACAACGUCUUCUACUACGGGGAGGAGGGCGGGGGCGAGGAGGACCAGGACUACGACCUGAGCCAGCUGCACCGCGGCCUGGAUGCCCGCCCUGAGGUGAUCCGCAACGAUGUGGCCCCCCCGCUGAUGGCGGCCCCCCAGUACCGGCCCCGGCCCGCCAACCCCGAGGACAUCGGCACCUUCAUCGAUGAGAACCUGAAGGCGGCUGACACGGACCCCACGGCCCCCCCCUACGACUCCCUGCUGGUGUUCGACUACGAGGGCAGCGGUUCGGAGGCCGCCUCGCUCAGCUCCCUCAACUCCUCCGACUCCGACCAGGACCAGGACUACGACUACCUCAACGAGUGGGGCAACCGCUUCAAGAAGCUGGCCGAGCUCUAUGGUGGCGGGGAGGACGAUGAGUAGGGCCCCCCCCGGCCCCCCUGUGCUGCUGCUCCUGCUGCCCAAAGCCUUACCCCCCUGCUGUGCCUUGGGGCCGGCGCUGCCCCCCCUUCCCCCCGCACUCCCUCUGAUGCCUUCUGCGUCUGCUGAAGCGGCCUCAGCUUCCUCCUGUGUAUUUUUUAAUGAAAUAAAUGUAGUGUGAUGAUACGGACGGGCUAAGCUGGGUUAGGUAGAAGUUUUAAUAAAGGAUGUGGAUUUCUUUUUUUUUUUUAAGAUC